AUUGAUCAGCUGUUCAACCAGCAGACGUCAAGACGAUUGACAAUUGGCAUCAAAACAAACUGUUGGAGCUAAGUUGGUUGUUCUGCGUAUGCCUGUCGCAAAUAAGCGUGCAAUUUCGAGCGCUUUGAAUAGAUUCACAAAAUGAAAUUGUAUUGUCUGAGCGGAGAUCCUGCCAAGCCAUGCUACGUGAUCAGCUUCAAAGAGCUCCUCAUCAUGCUGGACUGUGGCCUUACUGCACAAAGUGUUCUGAACUUCCUGCCCUUGCCUUUGGUACAAAGUUCGAAAUUAGCGAAUUUCGUGAAUUGGAUACCGAGCCGAGAUCAUGACCCGCAAAUGGACGGCGAACUAAAGGAGUGCUGUGGAAGGAUUUUUAUUGACUCUGCGCCUGAAUUUUGCCCGCCUGUGGACAAAGUCAUUGAUUUCAGUGAAAUUGAUGUCAUUUUGAUAUCAAAUUAUCUGAACAUGCUCGCGUUGCCAUAUAUUACUGAAGGAACAGGCUUCAACGGGACAGUUUACGCUACGGAGCCGACGUUGCAAAUCGGUCGUUUUUUCUUGGAAGAAUUGGUGGAAUAUAUUGAAGCUGCCCCGAAGGCAAAUCUUGCCAGCCAAUGGAAGGACAUGACCCACUUGCUGCCCCCUCCACUAUGUGAUUUGUUCAAACCGAAAAGCUGGCGUCAUAUAUUUUCAGCAGCAGAUGUACAAAACAGUUUGGCCAGAGUUAAAAUCGCUGGAUACGAUGAGAAAUUGGAUAUUUUUGGAGCUCUUCAAGUGACGCCCGUGAGUUCCGGAUUUUGUCUAGGUUCAAGCAAUUGGGUGCUAAGUACAGGCCAUGAAAAAAUUGCAUAUGUUAGCGGCUCAUCGACGCUAACUACACAUCCGCGACCAAUUAACCAGUCAGCCCUUAAACAUGCAGACGUUGUAAUUAUGGCAGGGCUCACACAAGCACCGCAUGUUAAUCCAGAUACAAUGCUUGGUGAACUCUGUAUGAAUGUUGCUGUAACUCUCAGAAAUGGUGGAUCGGUUCUGAUACCUUGCUACCCAUCAGGGGUUGUUUAUGAUCUUUUUGAAUGCUUAUCCAAAAACUUAGAUAACGCCGGGUUAUCUCUAAUUCCGAUGUUCUUCAUUUCACCGGUAGCAGAUAGUUCACUUGCCUAUUCAAAUAUUCUGGCAGAGUGGUUGAGCUCAGGAAAGCAAAAUAAAGUUUAUAUACCAGACGAUCCAUUCCCGCAUGCAUAUUUGGUGAAAAAUGCAAGGUUGAAACAUUAUAAGCGAAUUUAUUCGGAAGGAUUCAGUACAGAUUUUCGACAGCCAUGUGUGGUAUUCUGUGGACAUCCAAGUCUACGAUUUGGGGAUGCAGUUCACUUCAUAGAACUGUGGGGAAAUAACCCACAACAUACUAUAAUUUUCACUGAACCCGACUUUCCGUAUCUCCAAGCACUUGCUCCUUUUCAACCACUAGCGAUGAAAGCUAUUUAUUGCCCAAUUGAAACAUCUUUAAAUUUCCAACAAGCAAAUAAAUUGAUAAAGGAACUAAAACCGAAUGUGCUUGUGAUACCUGAGAGCUAUACACAGCCACCUUCAAUGGCACCACACAAGGCUGAUUUGGUCAUUGAUCAGAUGCAGGACAGACAAGUGAUCACCUUCAAAAAUGGCGAAGUUAUAAAACUUCCAUUGAAGCGAAAACGGAAUCGUGUCUACCUGAGUUCUGAAUUGGCGCAGUCAUUGGUUCCAAAAGAGAUAUCUCCUGGCACAACGUUGUCGACGGUCACGGGCUUGCUGCAAGUCAAAGAUAACUUACAUGAUAUUCAGGUAUUCGACGAGUCCACAAGCGAUUCGAAAGCUAACGUUCCAUCUUGUGAGCAUGUGCUCAAGAAGACCAAAUACGAAUGGGGUACGCUUGAUGUUGAUAUGUUUAUGAAGCUGCUGGUUCAGGACGGUAUAACAAACUUAAAAACAAAACAAGGAAGCGAUGGAUCGCUUUCCAUUUAUAUACCCAAUGAAAAAACUACGAUUCGUAUUGAUGAUAAGAACACACAUAUCAGUUGCGGAGGGAAACAAAGUUUACGACUAAAAUUGCGAGACUUUCUAAUGAAAUGCAUUCAGACAUUUUAGAUGGAAAUAUAUAAUUUUUCAGAUAUA